AUGCCUUAUAACACCACUGCUAUUCCUCCUCGGAAGGAGCCUACAGGCCAGAAUCAGCUCCCUCUCUCUAGAGUUAAAAAGAUCAUCGCACAAGACCCAGAUAUCGGUCUGUGCUCUAACAAUGCAGCCUUCGUGAUAACUCUCGCUGCCGAAAUGUUUGUUCAGCAUCUUGCGGAAGAAUCACAUACCCAAGCCAAGCUAGACCGCAAACCUCGUCGAAACAUCCAAUACAAGGAUGUCGCAAGCGCUGUUGCACACCAUGACAACCUCGAGUUUCUUGAAGACGUGGUACCAAAGACUGUUCCCUACAAGAACAUCAAGGCCAAGGCCAAGGCCACGCAGGCACGUCUCCAAGGUGACAAUACCAACCAGAAGCUCGAGUUUCCCCUAGCCAACGGCGUUGGCAAGCCUCUUGUGAACGGCAACUCCAUAGCUCAUCAUGAUAGACAGGAUGACCCGAACUCGCAGUUGGAGUUGGAGUUCAGACAGGCUUCUGGUGCGAAUCGAGAUGGAGACGUAGCAAUGACUGGCUAG